GCUUGAUAUAAUGGACCCUUCUUCGUCGAUCCUCGUCCAAACACAAAAAGAGUAUCCAACGACAGAGUGAAGGAAAAAAGCGGAGCCAUGAAAACCGCUCUCCUCCUUUUCUCCCUACUGCUCGCAGCCGCCGUCGCGGCCCGCGAGCUCGACGAUAAGAGGAGCAAGUCCGCAAAGGCCGGAGUGGACGCUGCCGCCUACAUCCCGGGCUUCGGGGCCGACCCCGGGGGGUUCUUCGGACCGGGAGGCGGGUUCAACAUGCCCGGAUUCGGCGGCGGGUGGGGCGCGGGGUACGGCGGGUGGGGCGCGGGCUACGGCGGGUACGGCCGCGACGGAGUGGCCGUGCCGUCGGUCGUGUGCUCCGACUGGGGGCCGUGCUACAAUAAGAAGCUGACGUGUCCCGCCAAAUGUUUCACAUCCUACAGCCGCUACGGCAGGGGCUACGGCGGCGGCGGCGGCGGCGGAGGUUGCACCAUCGACUGCAAGAAGUACUGCGUCGCCUACUGCUGAGGCCAUCCACUAAUCCUCCCUCUAUAUGUCGCUAGUUUCGGUAUGCUUGUACGCGUGCGUGUAUUGAGUGGUUCGGUAGGGAAAAGUAGAAUAAAGAAGGCUUUAAGUGGUUUGAUUAUUAAUGGUGGUGGCUCAAUUAAACCUUAGGGGAGUGUUGUCAGUUUCUUUGAGAUGUAAGGUUUUAUUGUGUUUCUCUGAAUAUGGAGUGUGCUCUACUUAAUUAA